UGUGUGUAAUCUGUGCAGAAGCCACUCUAUGGGUCUUUGUUAAAGAGGCUUCGGGUGCUACGCAACAGAUAUUUCACUUCAGAUGUGUCCUUCAUUUGAACGGCCUCUGCGUCACACACACUUCAGAGGACAGUGGAAACACACACAGGUUGCAGUGCGGUCUUCAUGCUCAUCUGAUCUGGUGCCACCAUGAGUGGGGGAGUGAAUGUAAAGAGUCUUCCACGAGCCCAGCCGGGCUCAGGCAUCCCCCUGCACAGGACCAGACUCCCCUCCCCAAAACCUGAACCUAAAAGCAACAGCAGUAGCCUUCCUAGACCAUCUACACACAUCCCCAACAGAACCACCUGUAGUAGCAGUCCUACACCCAUCUCUUCCAGAGAUUUACUAAGGGACAGUACCCUCAGAAAUCAGCAUCUCUUACUAAGAGGCAGUCCACCCAGUCAACGUUCUUCCACUAGUUCUCAAACACACUCCCAAGACUCUAGAUCAGCCCACAGCAGUCCACAAAUUAGGCGUAAAGAGUCUUCAUUUUCUAGGGGCACACUGGAUGGGUCUAAGACAGAGAGUUUGCUUGACCUUCGGUCCAACGGCAACAAGAAUUUCCAGAGUGGGAUCUUUCGUUCUCAGCCAGGACAAAUAGACAAUGGUAAUCUCAGGAGUGUGAUCUCAGAACAACUCAAGUGCCAUGAGGAGAGCAUUGCUUCUGGAAGUGGUCAAAGCAAGACUGGAAUCCCUUCAUUUAGAUUUAGUAACAAAAACUUGAGGCCUGGCCCAGCAGCUGCUAACCUAGAAAUGAGUCACCUUAAAGUCCGCAGAGAGCGAGUGUCCCUGCAAAACAGUGCCUCCAGUAGCUUCUCAGAUGAGGAAAUGUGCACGCCAGAUGACUUGAGCCCUGAGAUCCCACAGAGACCACCACCUGAGACUGCAAUGCUGAAACAGGAGACCUCUAGUGUCGAGCUGCUCAAAACCAAACAGACACCAAAGGUCAAUAUGGCAGCUGUGGCACCUUUCAGAUACAGGCUUCAGAUUCAGGAAGACAUAUCUGUGGAUGAUUUCAGCGACUGCUCCUCUGAUUCAAUUGAAGUCUGCUGUGAUGACCUCAAUACUGGAGGAAUGCUUGGGGGUAGCCCAAGAAGACAAGGAGUAGAUCUGGAGACUGAGGCUGACAAACCCCCCAAAGCCAAGACCCUUCAGGGCCAGGCAGGAGCCAAAGGAGUUGGAGGCAUGGCUGCGAAAAGGGGCAAGUCAGGGCUCCCACAGGCUACUCCUCGGGCUGAGCUGAAGGUGUACCGAGCAGGGAACUCUGAGGGUCGUCUUCCAGUGCCUAGCAACUUGCGGAAACAAAAGUCCUUGACCAAUCUAUGCGUGCUUACAGAUGCCGAGAAGAAGAUGCACCUGUACCAGCCCAAGUGGUCAGACGACAUGGAAAAACCUGGGACAGGUCAGAACAAAUCAGGCAAGCUCAGAGAUCCCGGAGGGAGCAUUGGCAGGGGUAUCCCUCUUUCCAAGAACCUUUCAAAAUCGGAGCAUUCGCUGUUUCAGGGAAAGCCAAAACCCUUUAAUCCACCUUCCAGACUAGGGAAACCCAGUCGGAUACCUAAAAGUCCUUACGCUGAGGUCAAACCCAUCAGCAAGGCUCAAGAGCCGGCUGAUGACAGCAAGUCCGAUGAUGAGAUCUUGUCCAGCAAGGCUAAAGCUAAUGGUAAGAAAUCUUUGAGUGGUACUUCGGGAUCAGCCACCCCAGGAGGAGAUGGAGGUGGGAAAGAUGGACUGGAACCGGAGGAAGGUGACAAGACCUUUCUAAAGGUGGACCCCGAACUGGUUGUAACAGUGCUUGGGGACCUGGAGCAGCUCCUCUUCAGUCAAAUGUUGGAUCCCGAGUCCCAGAGGAAACGCACUGUUCAAAAUGUCCUCGACCUCCGGCAGAACCUGGAAGAGACCAUGUCCAGCUUACGGGGGUCCCAGCUUAGCCACAGCUGUAUCGAGAGCAGCAUGUGCUACGACAGCGAUGAGACAAACGCCCGCAGCAUCUCCAGCUUGUCCAACCGCUCGUCUCCUCUCUCCUGGCGCCAGGGCCAGUCCAGCCCUCGUCUGCAGGCUGGCGACGCCCCGUCCUCCGGGGUUCCUGCCCACUCACUGCCCAUCCGAGCCUCUGCGCAGAUCGGCCACCUGCAGCGCAUUCAGCUCAUCGAGAGCCUGGACACCACUGAUGAUGACCUGACACAACUUAAAUCAGCAUACCUCAGUGACGGCAACCUGACCGGCAAGAGCCAGGCUGAGGAUGACGAAGAUGAGGAGGAUGAUGAUGUAGAAGUCGAUGAUGAUGAUGAUGACCUCGCCAAUGGGUGAGUGUUGCUGCUGCCUUUUUUGCUUGUUCGUCCUGCUAUUAUUAUAAUUGUGUGUAUGCGUGUGU